GCCGCGAACCAAACUCGGCAGUCGUAUUUCAUGCACUUCCACGUCACGAUUUUCUCAUCGACAUCAAAGGCCUAGCGAGAGAAAACACCACCAAAGAAGAACAUUGGCAGGAUAAAGAACAUGUUGUUCAUCCGUCAGCUCUCAACGAUCAUAAGGAUAAUAAUAAUUGA